AUGGGCAGGGCGGCGAUCGCCGUGGGGAAGGAGGUCCACCGUCGAGACCAAGUGGACGAGCUCGAGGCGCUCCAUCCCUCUAGAAUAGCACCCGCGAGCGGCGACACCAAGGUCUGCAAGGCCGAGAUCCCAAGGAUCCGGAAGGACAUGAGAGACUUCAGACCACAGCGAGAAUGGAUGCAGGACAUGUGGAUCAGCCGUUCUAGAGAUUUCGCAGAUGCGAGUCACUUAAUGCAGAGCAUGGCAAAGCUUGGUGUUGAUUCGUUCGACUGCUGUGCGAUGGGGGAAAAUUAA